GAAAAGAUGCCAAAGUCAGAGGACUUGCUGCUCCAAGUAAUCUCUCUAUGAAUCAAACCCUUGAGGGACACACUGGUAGGCCAAACAAAGAUGUGUGUCAGUUUUGAUAAUUUAAGUUCUUCUCCUUUCAUCAUAACCUUUACCACAUGCAGGUAAUAAUAAAAGGUUAACCCUUCAGCUCCCAGAAGUGAUGAACAUGUAACCUCUCCCUAAAAUAUCCAAACAUCAUAUAGAAAACUGGUCAUGAGAAUUCUCAAACUUAUCAGGUAGUAAUUAAAUGUUAUCUUGAUCUUAAACACCAAACUCUCGUAACUAAGUUACAAGGAAAUCUGUAGCACCUAGAUGGGGAGAAAUAACAAUCAGAUCUUGAGAGUUAAAGGGUUAACCCUAAUCAACUAUUUUUUGAUGUUUAGACGUCUUAAAUCUAUUUUGUUUAAAUUUUACUCCUCAAUAGGUGCUGUGCAAGUAGUAACCUGGAAUGAACAUUUUCAAAAACUGACCACAAGCGACCAAUAUGGCCUGAUCAUUGUCUGGAUACUUUACAAAGGUUUGUAGCAAUAUAGAUUAUACUGUUGUCUAAUCUGCUGGGGAAAGGAACUGGCCUAACAAUGCCUUGACACUUAACUCUGCAUUAAGAGAUUUAGAUUUGAGAUUUGGUCUUGUCGUUAUAUUGUGUUCCUGUGCAAAACACUCUACUCUUACCAAGCCCAAUUGAACUGUAUUGAAUGCUGCACCCAGGAAUUUAAAUGGGUACAGUCAAAUCUCAAUUAUCUGAACCUGGAUUAUCCAGAUUUUUCAGUUAUCUGGACUUGCUUCUCUGGUCCCAUAAUCUAUAAACAUUCAUAUUCGUAUGUUUGACUUUUAUUGAUUUUUAAAAUUAUUUUCAAAUAAAAAAAUAAUAUAUGUAAUAAUACAUAUAUUAAUAUAUGAAAAAAAUCAAAGUCUAUUAUAUAAAUAAGGAAAGAAAAUCCCUUUCUGCUCAGAAACAGGGCAGUGCUCUUAGAAUUCUUGGGAACUGGGCUUAAUUAUGGAUGCUAAUAGCAACCACAGACAACAGAUAAAUGGUCUUUUGACUUUAUAAGAAAAAUAUUUAUAUCCUUGUCUGGAAUAAUCAUGGAGAGGGGGAUCUGACCAACUGGGAUUCAAACUGAAACCACAGACUAAAAGCAAAUGGUCUUAGGGGUUUUAAAAUUGAAUAUUUAUAUCACUUGUCUGAGAAUAAUCUUGUAGAGGUGUGAUCAGACCAACUGAGUUUCAAACUGAAAGAGGGGUAAGUGAAAAAGAAAAAUAGACUUAUAAUUUUUGUGAAAUUUACAAUAUUCAGGGUCAUGGUAUGAAGAGAUGAUCAACAACAGAAACAGAAGUGUUGUGCGUGACAUGAAAUGGAAUGCAGACGGCCAAAGAAUCUGUAUUGUUUAUGAAGAUGGUAAGUGUAUUGUAGUCAGUAUAUGCGCUUCUCUUAGUUCACCUUUGACCAACCUUGAGUGUGUCAUUUUUUUUUAGUGGAACACGAAGCAAUAUGAAUGAUGAUUAGCUAUCUACAUAUGUGUGAAGAGUCCUCUAUUCAAUAAGCAAUCUGUAAUCUGGAUUUUUAUUGCUUUGAUUACAUGGACACAAUUUUCCCUUGUUUAAUGAUUGUCCUAUGUAUGUGUGUGAAAAAAGUUGAAAGGAUCUUUAAGGAUUUGAACCUCAGAUCUUUGGAUUCUGUACUCCCACCAAUGAUAUCAAGCCAAUCAUAGAUUACUUUUAAUGUUGUCUUUAAUUUUUUGGGGUUGUUUGUGACAAUGAAUCUUUUUAAUAUAUUAUUACAGGGGCAGUGAUUGUUGGUUCUGUGGAUGGAAACAGGAUUUGGGGAAAGGAACUGAAAGGACUACAGCUUAAUAAUGUGGAAUGGUCCCCAGAUGGAAAAAAUAUUGUGUUUGGAAUAAGUAAUGGAGAAGUUCAAAUCUUUGAUAACACCGGAAACUUUUGUGUGAGUUCUGGAAACUUAAAGAAUAAAGGAAUUUCUGUCAUACUCACAACACACUUACAUGUACAUUUGUAAAGCUGUUGGUGGUCUGUUGACCCUUUACUCCCUAACAUCAGUAUGCAUAUUCUCCAUACUACUCCCUAGACAUAUUCAAGGGUUCUUACAAUGAGAGUUUGUUCAACAAUCAAGAGAUUCUUUAGUUGGUGAUCAUCUCCUUUAUUCUCAUGAUCUUAAUGUUUGCUUCAGGGGUGAUGUUGUUAGGAGAAGUUAGAUGUUAGUCACUCUUAGGGGACUUAAAGGUUUAAAAAAAAUUUAAAGCAAGUAAGAUUUUUGUUAAACACAAACUACAUGUAAGCAUUCAUGAACAGUUUACAAACUGUAUAAAUCAUUCUAAAAAUAACAUCAAUUUUUUUUUGUAGACUAAGAUGACAUUGUUUUGCUUGACCAAUGUUACUGGAGCUGUUAAGAUUGCUGGGAUUGAGUGGUAAAUGUUAAACUCUUCUACAAACUUAAUAAUUCUGUAAUUUAGUGUGGCACAAAAGUAACUGUCUUAGACUACAGUCGGUUAUUGGCUUGUAUAGCUGAAGGAUUUCAUCUGUUGUCCUUACCUGCUGAAAUCUGUUCAUAUUAUUAAUUUUUUUAAAAUCAUUUUUCCCUGUUUCAAGGUAUGAUGGCCGAGAGGGAUAUGUUGAACCUAACUGUCCUUGCCUGGCAGUGUGCUUUGAUAUUGGACGUAUGCAGAUAAUGAGACAUGAACUGGAUGAGAGUAAGUGACUUGAAAUGGGAUUGUGAAAGUGCUUAGCCUUUGCCAAGCUGAUUAGUUGAGAAAAUUUAAAAAGCAAGCCAAUAAGUCCAAUUCCUGGACCUGUCUGUUUCUUUUUUCCUUUUUUGCCUCUUUUUUUCCUUUUUAUUUGUCACUGAUGGCAUGUGUUCAUUCCUUCAUGAUAUACCAAGAUUGUGAAUUUAAGCUGGUGAUUGGUACAUUUUACUGUCUACACCAUAAAACACAUUGGCUAUUCCAAAUGCUUGACUGGCUCAAUUUUCAGCAUGGAACCAGUAUGUUUGGAUCAUAGUUUGGAUCCAUUUGGUUAAUUAGGCUGAGUCUUGAACAACCGUGAUACACUGAAUAUGUGGCACAGGGUUGCUAUGGUUAAGGAAAAGUCUGGAAUCGACAAGAAAUUUUCAAGAAGUCUGCAAAUGUUUUAACAAGAUCAAAGAUCAAAGAAAAUCUUAUCUGAUGUUGUGAUGUACUAUAGUCAAAUUUUAUUUUCCGUUUCACAAGUCUUUGUGAGGUUGAUGAGUGUGACUUACUAAAUGUGAUCAUGGAAGUGCUCUUACAUUAAGUAAGUGAUCAAGACAGAAUUUCUCCUCACAAUGUCAAGCAGACAAAUGAUGUAAAUAAAGUUAGUUGGUCCAACACCAGAUUGUUGGAACUAAAAUUUACAUCAUGAGAACUGUAUGGCAGAUAGUACUUGGAGAGUUACUGAUAAAGCCUUGGGAGUGAAAAGGUUAAGUAAUACAUCUAUGUAUUGCAUUUUGCACUUAGGUCCCAUAUUGAUUGAUACAUCAAUGUCAGUGAUGAAUAUUCAAUGGAAUAAUUGUGGGUCUGUUCUGGCUGUUGCUGGAGUACAGCGAGCUACAGGACAGGUAGGUAUAAGAUUGUACAACUGUGUCACAAGUUAAUCAAAACUAUAGUGAAAUUCUCAAACUUGGUUAUCAUCAGCUAGAUUUGAGCACUAAUAGGACAGAGUGCGUGUCAUGCUUGUAAUUGGACAAUGUAAUAGGACAGUUAAAGGGACAGUUAACAUGUCAUGCGUAUGUCAGUGGACAGGGCACAUCAUGUGUGUGCACUGUUGUCUCACAUCUCACAGAAUUAACUGGUUUUUUUUAAUGAAAACGUAUAGCCAAUGUCUAGUUUCUUUCUCAAACUUUCCCACUUCAUGGUAGACUGGUUUUGUUAAUCACUUUUAUGAUUACAGACUGAAUAGGACUCCACUUGGUCCUAAUACCAUUAUUAAUUGGCACCAUGCUACCUUGAAUGUUAUGUAAUGUGUUGUAAAUUAAGUUUUACUCAAGUAUGUUUAGAGUUGUGGCCCAAGUUGUUGAUGUAGUGUGAAAACAUGUCAUACCAGUGACUGCCGUCAAUUAAAAAUUAAUAUUUCAUUUAUUAUAUUAUAUUAUCAUGCUUGAAUAAUUACCUCAAGAACUCUAAAUGUUAUUUGGACCUUUUUCAGACAUGUUUACCCAGUAAACUAAAUUAAUUAGGCAAGAUUGUUAAAAAAUGUCAGCUGCAUGUAUUUGAUAAAACAUGCCUAGCUUAGAUUUUUGACAUGUUUCCAAAACAUCUAAGGAACAGAAAAUUAUGAAGUAUAAUCAUUUGUUAUGUUCAUGUACAGGUGUAUUUAAUUAUAUACAGUUGUACACUGUCAGCUCUUUCCUAAUAUAAAUUAUUUUCAAGGCAUCUUUAAUAACUAAAUGUGGCAUGUCUUAAUUGUUUAUUAAUUGUUUUUUUUGUUUUUUGUUUUUCUCCUCUAGGAAAAGGAUGUUAAUGUGGUACAGUUUUAUACUCCUUUUGGAGAGGUGGGUGUUGGAUUAUCUUUCCUUUACUUACUCGCAUAUACCUGUAACCUCUUAACCCUUUCACUCCCAUGAGUGACCAAGACAGAGUUUCUCCUAACAUUAUCAAUACAAUAUCAUUAAGCAGACAAGUGAUGAGAAUAAAGAAAAAUAUUAAUCAGGGGAUUAUUAGUUGAUCCAAUACCAAUUCUCCAAACUAACAUCACAAGAACUAUAUGGCAGACAGUAAGGAGAAUUACUGAUGAGAUCUUGGGAGUUAAAGGGUUAACUCCUUGAAAUGAUGAACAUGUGCAACUUCUCUAAACAAUAUAAACACAUUAACCAGUUACAUGUAACAAAGUGUCAAGUGGCUCAUGGGUUUUACCUUGAUACAGUAACAAAUUCUCAGAUUUCAUGGAUUUAUAUGUUGUGUUUUUAGCAUCUGCGAACUCUUAAAGUACCUGGUAAACAGAUAAUGCAAGCAUGCUUUGAAGGUGGAGGAUUGCGCAUUGCCUUAGCUGUGGAUUCAUUCAUCUACUUUGCCAACAUCAGGCCUAAUUACAAAGUGAGUGGAAUCUAUAAGACUCUCAGGUUUAAGUAAACGACAAUGUAGAGCAGUUGCAGCACAAAUCAAGAUUGAUUGUCUGAAAACUAGGGAAGUGUUUGGUCUAUGCUCUGCAAGAAUUAUAAAUCAUUGAUUUAGAAUCUGUAAUCUGGGAACAGGACAUGAAGUUUCAAUGAUAAAUUCAACCCCCCUAGCUUGUAUGUUUUAUUUGUCUUUUCAGGUCAUGUGAUAGUCCUUUAGUAAACUCUAUCUUUCAAAUUUUCUCUCAUUUACCUGCAUAUGAAUGCAUAAUUUGCAAAAGUUGGAAGACAAAGUUUUACCAAGUGUUAUCACAUGAUUGGAAAUGGGCAAAACAAAACCAACAAGCUAAAGAGGUCUAUAAUGUUACUCAUUUGCAGUCUUUCCUGAUUCUUUUAAUUAAAGAAUUUAGAAAUGAUAGAUAAACUGAUUGACCAUGCAUAUAUACUAUACACUGUACGACAGGCACAUAAAAGCAGAUUAUACUUGAUUUGAUCACCAGGAGGUAAUCUUCCUAUGAUAAAAUGUUAUAACUUUCUUUUCAGUGGGGUUUUUUCUCAAACACUGUGGUAUAUGCAUUCAACAAGCCAGACAGACAGGAACAUUGUGUGGUUUUCUGGGAUACAAAGAAUGGAGAGGUGUGUAUUUGGAUAAAUAUGAAGGAGUGGUACAUGUGUAGUAAAAUGAUGGCCUGCUCCUUUUAAAUUAUGAAUGUUUAUUUCGAUGUAAUUUCCUCAGGGAAAGACUAGCUUCGUGUGACUUUUAGAAUAUUUAGAAAUCGUUGACCCUGCAGUAUGAUUUUGUCCCUGCAACUAGUCACAUCUAAUAAGACUGAGUUGAAAUCAUGGGUGUGAGCAGUGACAAAAUUUUGUCGAACUGGAGCAAGAAUUUUCAUUCGUCACCUGAUGCAAAUUGUCGUGAUGAGUUUUCGUCUUGUUUUUUAGCGGGUUUACCCGGAAAUGUUAAUGUUUCGUUAGGAUACCUUGUCUUCGAUGCCCAACACUACAGAUGUUUUUUUAUCUGUAUGUUAAUUUCCUUUGUUUUUCCUUCGCUAGAAAUACGUAAAGUACGUGCGGAACUUAUUGUCAAUCACAGCCUGUGGGGAACACUGCGUGCUGGCCACUAGGGCUGAUGACAGUAGCGGACAGGUACAGUAUACGCUAUACGGCGAAAAUUUCAGUGGAUUGUUAAAGUAAUGCAAAAUUCUUUAGUUUUGCUCCGCCUCGGUCAGUUUCUGAUUGGUCUGAAAAACUCGCAACACUCUCUCAAACAGUCCAAAAAAUUUGUAUCCGGUCAACUCACCACCACAACAAACUCGUCAACUAGUCAACAGUGACCUUUAGCAAACCACGAUGGCGAUGGCAACGGCAACGGGGACGUGGUGAAAUAAAAGAUCUAAUGAGCCGAACAAUAGCUCAGCACGUGCGCUUUAAUUCAGUGUACAUUUCUUAGCCGUCUUCUGCAAAAUAACAACGUGAGAUAUCAAAAUUUGCGUGGUUCGAGAAAGGAAACCCCGACAGCAAAUUAUUUAAGUUUCCAUUCGAAACUCAACGCUGCUCUCAUAAGUUAUGCUGAGGUUAACUUGUGGCGCCGUAAGGGAUGGUAAACACAUCAAGUCAUACGUAAGAUUCCGUUUUUAAGUAUAUAUUCAUUUUUGCCCGGCGUUGCCGUUCUAACUACUAAAGGUCCCUACUUCGCCCCGCCGGUGACAAGUUGACUCUCCGUGGUAGCGAGUUGACCCUAAUCCUCUUAAACAAUCAGAUCCAAAGCGAAAACCAAUUUGAAGUUGCUUACUCGUAUUUUUAUUUUUCAGCAUGUUCUUGUGUUGUGUAACGCGAUUGGUACUCCAUUAGACUCUAAGUAUAUUGAAAUAGGUAAGCUGCAUCUAUAGGAGCAUGCAUGUAGCAUAAUAUUUUUAUAUAACCUGGUACUUGCAUUAUACUUAUAAUGUACAAAAACUACCUUUAUUCUGUAUUCUGUAUUUACAAACUCUUCAAGGUACAUAAAAUUUAAUUAAAAGAGGAGAUGAACGUGGAAGGCAGCGGGAUUUGCGUAGUUAAUUGUAUUUUUAUUUAUUUAAUUUUUUUGCGUGAAUUCUGUCUGCCUUUGAGCCAGAAGGGUCUUUAGAACGUCGCCUAUCUCUUACCUUUUUCAUUGCCAUGUUCUUCAAAAUUGUCACUCGAUUGUACUGGCGCACAGGCUUCCCUCAGUUGUUUACUGAUGCGAAACCUGUUCUAGGCGUUCAGUCAGUAAAACGAAGCGCGAUGGUAAAUGGCACGAAAAAUGACUGGGCGAAAAAACAAGGGGGGUUUGGGUCGAGUGACGUAAUGGUGACCGAACCCAAACCUACUUACACUUUUAUGCACCGCUGCGUUUCACGUACUGAACGCCUGAAACAGGCAAACUGAUGCUUGUUACACAUUCCUUCAUUAUAGAACCUCUUUUCGUUGCCAUGACUCGAAGUCACGUGAUAGCUUCAUCCAAGGAGGCUUUCUAUUCCUGGCAAUACCGCAGCCCAAAGAAACUCACUGCUCUGGAACUUCAGACUCACUCUAAAAGGAAGGAUGUCAGAGAAAGGUGUGGUUUGAUUUGCCGAACAAGUUAGGAGACUUGAAGUUAUUUUUUACAUUAAAUUUGGAUCAAAAUCAGUGUCUGAACAACAUAUUACCUACCCCUCCCCUAACCCAAUAUUAAACCCAACUUGUUAUCAGUUGAUUGUUUUUUCAUAGGUUAGGGAGGGGUAGGUGUGCAGUUGCUCAGAUGCUUACAUUCUCCACCCGCGGAAAGAUUUGGGACGCGUCGGGGAGGGGUUUGCCGGGGGCUCGGUACUAAUCAUGGGGUUAUCAGUCCCAGACCCCUCGCAGAACUCUCCCCGGCUUGCAUUGCGCAGGGCCUGAUACUUUCUUGCGGAGUGUGCUGACCGCGUGCUCGCAGACUACCAACACUUUCUUGUCGUUUUCGUUCCAACUUGAAGUUACGAUGAAACUAAAAAGCAACAUUUGAUCUUAAAAGAUAAUGGCUUAAUGGGUAUCCUUUGAAAUUUUCUUGGGUUAAAUAAUAACCGAAAAGAAAAAAAAAAAGGUGAACACAUAGGUUUAAUGAUUCUUGGUAAUGAAUUCAGAGACGACUGCCUUAUGAUCAGACUGUUAAGGUCACUGUUUCUUCUACUGAAAAUAUGAUCUCCAGUUGAGAAAGAAGCCAACAAACGAUUAAACAGUGAAUUACAUGUAUCAAAAAACAUAACAUUUUUAAACUUAUUAAUUACUAAAAAAAUGAGAAAGGUUAACAUUUCAGUCUUAAUUUGAGGAAGGAAAGAGUUUCAUUUGAUCGCUUUAAGUUCUGGUGCUAAAAACGAAAACAACCCCAAGAAAUUGUACAAAUAAAUGUCAUGUAUAAACACCUAGUAUAGUUGUGCGUAGCUUGCGUAGCGGGCGAUUUUGGGUGUAUCAAAAGGCGAAAAGGAGCUCUUUUCCGUUCCAAACCUUUCGCGAAAGGAGCUCUUUUCCUUCUCUGAUCCCUCGCGUCUACACCACUCGUUUCCACGACCCUGGUGUGACGCUUUAAAGCGGUAAAAAAAAAAAAAGCUAUGCAUCCUAAAUUGUGUGAAACGUGACAGAAAUAAUAUGACAUAAAUUCCAUAAAUAAACUGUAAAUAGUGUGGCAUAAGUUUUCUCUUCUCUGAUAAACAUUUAUUUUAAAUUUGUUAACAUUAAACUAUCGAAGUGAUGUUGGAACCACCUACUACCCUGAGUACUCCAAUCUCCGGUAAGAAUUCUAAUUAUUUCUAUUUAAAUCGCGUUGUAAUAACGGUCGAGAUAAGAAUCAGAAGUCAUCCUUUUGUCCUAAACAGGGUCCUUUAGGAGUUGUAGUUUCCGGUUCGCUUCUAGCUAAACAAAUUUAGCGUUACGACCCUUAAGUGUCACUUUAAGGUGAUUCUUCGGAAAUAACAGUUGAUAAAAACGAUUUUGUUAAACUUUCAUUGAAUGUUUCCCAACAGGUGUCUUUUUCGAGAACUACGGUAAAAAAGAUAGGUGACCGUGCUUGCCAAAGAGAUAUGGGCCAAUCUUACCCAUUUAUUUCUGUGCUAGUACUAAUCACGCGCGUUAUUUGAUCUUUUUACUGUAGCAGGGUUUUUAAAGUAAUACUUCAUGGUUAUUCAAAGAAAAACUUACAAUUAGUAUCAACGUUGUUUAAAUCUACUUCUAAUUUUAAAGAGGUGAAAAAACGAUGAUCUAUUUCCUUCCAUCACUUUGCAAUAUUUGCAAUCCCAGAAAUUUUUGCGCAAACACAAGGAUCCGAUUACUGGUGACGGAUUCUUUUGGAAAAAAAUAUAACAAGGAACUCAUUAAACAAGGGUCAGAUUUUUGGCAGGAUCGGUAGGAUAAGGGGAUAAUGUCAACGACAUGACUUAAGUUUAAAAAAGUUCCCUUAAUUCUUAUUUAUAAUUUUUCUUUCCACGAACAGAAUGUUUCACAUUGACGACGUUCCGUCAGGAGCCGGGGAAGGCAUAAAAGACGCGAGCAAGGCUUUAGCGGUGCGUAAAUCGAGUCACCUACUAUAGCCAAUGACUAAAACCAUUUAGCUAAUCACGAUACCGAGAAAAAUUUCUACGACCGAUGUCUUGCGCGGGAAACACACGUGGUCGAGUCGUGAUUGGUUUGACGACGCAUGGUUAUUUACCGAUGACGAAGUACUCGUCACAGCUCGCACACCUUUUUCUGUCUUUUGUUUCGGUUUUUGUAUUUAUUUUGUUGAUAUUUGUACCUAUUAUAUUUAGCAUGUCUCUCUUUUUUCUUUGCAGCCAACUCACGAUCCAGUAUGUUGUAUUUCUGCUUCUGAUAAACUUCUUAUAUUGGUAAGCGAUUAAAGGCAGUGUGUUACAUCCCUUGUAUGCUUUACAACAUCUUGUUACAUAGGUAGGUAGAAAGGCUCACAGACAGACUGACAGACACAUAGACAGAUGCAGACAGACAGUCUUACACAGUUAGACUCAUUGACAGACUUACAGAUAGACAGACAGACAGAUAGACUUAUAAAUAGAAAGAUAGACAGACAGUCAUACACAGUCAGACAAAUUGACAGACUCACAGACAGACAGAUAGAUUAGAAAUAGACAGACAUUCAUAUACAGUCAGAUACAUCGAUAGACUUACAGAUAGACAGACAGAUAGACUUACAAAUAGACAGACAUUCAUACACAGUCAGAUACAUUGAUAGACUUACAGAUAGACAGACAGACAGAUAGACUUACAAAUAGACAGAUAGACAGACAGUCAUACACAGUCAGAUACAUUGAUAGACUUACAGAUAGACAGACAGAUAGACUUACAAAUAGACAGAUCGACAGACAGUCAUACAAGCGGGAGGGUAGACAAGUAGACAUUUGGUCAUGUAAACAAACAUUCAGGCAUGCGUGAUACCCUUUCAAAACUGAGUAUUGUUUCAUUCAUUCGUACACUUUUCUUAGGGACGUGAAUCAGGAACCAUUCAUCGCUAUUCCUUACCAAAGCUUGCUCUGGAGAUGAAAAAUGUUCUCAACUGCCGUCCUCACCAGCUGUCACUCAACUGUACCUCAUCGUAAGAAAAGCUAGAAUUAAGCCUUCUUUGUUUUUCCCUUUUUGCUUUUUUCUGUCACUUCUCAAACAUCAGAAUCAAGGGAAUUGCACUAAACAUUUAUUGUUUAAUUGAUGGUUAAUUUGUUAUUAAAACUAGUUAUAAAUAUGGCACGAAAUCAGACAUAAGCGGCGUGGAGUAUAGGAUGUUCUUUAUACAUGAGACUGACAAGCGGAAUCAAGCUUAAAAUCAAGAGCUUUUCAAGUUUGUGAUCAUUUCCUUAAUUCUCAUGAACCAAAUGUUUGAUUCAGCUUUGAUACUUUAGGAGAAAUUAGAUGCUAGUAGCUACCGACUAGUCACAUUCAGGGUUUAAAGGUUCAAUGUUGCACCAUUUCAAUAUUUGUCCCUCUUUAACCGCAUAAUCUUAAAAUACAAAUUAUGUAUUUUUUUUUCUUUUUCAGGCGCUUGGCAAUCAUUGAUAUUUCUGGAAUAUUAUCAUUCUUCGAUUUAGUAAGUUUUUUUAAAGAAACUUUACACUUUAGUAUUGUUAUUUAACGGAGGAAACCUCACCAAAAGUAAACGUGGAUGAUUUUUCUAAGCGCAUUUUAAUUCUUUUAGAGUAAAACUGAUUUUUUUUGCCUUUUUUUUUCCUUAGGAAGUGAGAAAGACAGAUCCGCAAAAGAACGAGAAUGUGGUUGGCGAACAUUUGAAGUUUGAAAGGAAAGAUGUGUGGGACAUGAAAUGGGCUGACGUAAGUUUAAACCACCAUAAGUCACAACGACCAAUCAGAGCAAAGUAAAAUGUUGCCAGUAACCAAUGAGAGCUUAAAUUGGGGGAGGCGCGGGAAUAUGUUGAGGAACGCAGUCACAGGAAAAAUCUAGAUAGCAGUAUCUAGGAACAGUUGAAGAACCGCAUAAUUGGCAAUCAAAGCAGUUUGCAGUUCUGCAAGUCAAGAGAUCAUGAACUGUAUUUGCUGUCCUGUGUACGUAUAAUUUUGACUCAAGAAUCAAGACUUUAUUCACCCAAAGGGCUACACAGCGCCCUAAUAUUAUUAGACGUAUUUCUACAAACACUGAUAAUUUUUCACAACUCGACUUUUCUUCAUACUUACAGCGAUUUACACUGUAAUGUGCUAUCGUUCGUGUCUCUGAUUGGACGAACGAUUAUUUUCACAAUCGUUCGCUGCGUACUUCACAGUGUAAAUAUCAGUACGUAUGAAAUAAAAACAUCAUACCAUAGAAAGUGCUUGAACGGUUUUUAUGCAUUCGUUACGAUGCAUCAAAAAUCUCACUCGUUCGCUGCGUUCGCUCGUUCAUUUUUUAUACAUCACAACUCGUGAAUAAAAAUCGUUCGUGCGCACUGUUUUAAGUACAGGGUAACAAUUUUUAUCAAUUCAAUUCCAAUCGCGUCUUCCUUUUAUUUGCGUAAUCCAAACCUAGAAACUAUGACAAAAAUGAAGUUUCAAGCAUGUUAACCGGAUAGAAGCGCUGUGCAAACGUUCUGUGGAGUAUAGCGGUAAAUCUCUUGUAGGUACAGGGGCGAAACUAUUCGAAACAAAAUAUUCGCCUCGUCUAGUCCCCGGUAGUGGGGCUAGCAAAUGAUUAAAGCUUAUCAAUACUGUUUUAUCCCGCAGGAUAACGCUGAGCUGUUUGCGAUGAUGGAGAAGACGAGAAUGUACAUAUUCCGGAACCUAGACCCUGAGGUAUGCUUUACAUCCUUAACUGAUUUAAAACGCCCCUUAUAAAAUGAACUUUGCUUUCUCUUAAGAAUUACGUGCAUACCUUGUGAAUGAUGCGUCAAACGUCUUUUACGGCGCCAGAUCUCUUCUUCAGCAGAGCAUCUCAUUGCAGCGUCGAAUUUGAAAUAAGAAACAUAGGUAAUUUCCUUAGGGGUACCCGUUCUCGAACUAUGCAAAAUUUGAUGAUUUCGAUUUAUUGUUUACAAAAGUUGAAAGUGUACUAGCUGAGCUAAAGCUCUGCUCAUUAAAUAUUUUGUUUCGCGAUGUCCUCCUUGUCUUCGUGUUGUUUUUUUUUAUUUAAGUCCCUUGUCAAAAGAUUUAAUGAACAAAACAAUAGCUCAGCACGUGCGGUUUAAAACCGUGUACAUUUCCUAGCUUUCCUAUGCAAAACAACAACGUGAAGUCACCAAAUUUUGUCUAGUCUGUGAACAAUAAAAGUUAUUUCCAUUUCUUAAUUUAACACAUGGCCUAAAACUUUCUCUUGCUUCUAAUUGGCAGUAGUAUAAACUUUUUCCUCUUGAGAAACUUUUUCGAGCUCGUCAACUUUUUUUUUUUUUUUUUAAUGCUACUGUACAUAUAUGUUCUAGUAUUUAGAAAUUUGAAAUGUAACGAUAUUCUGAUUGUAGGAGCCGAUUUUGAGUUCGGGAUAUAUAUGUCAGUUUAACGACCUGGAGGUGAAGGCUGUGCUUUUAGACGAGAUCAUGAAGGUAAAACGUUGAGUGAGGUGGAAACCUUCCCCAUUUGAAAACCGUACCAGCUCCUUUAAUUGCUGAUGAUGUUUCGAAGUUGAAAGUUCGGAAGACGCAUUUUACUAACGUCUGCACUGAUAACAUGCUUUGCUUUACACACAGGAUCCUGACCAUCCAAACAAAGAAAGCUUGAUCGACUUAGAAGUUAAGGUAAGGAACUCUUCGAACUUCCCAAUUACCUUCAAAAUAUAUCGAUGAAAGCACUACGGACUUUUGUAGAAACUGUUUUUUAAACAUUUGCACCGUGGUAGCUCAAACUUUCCUUGGUUUUAGUAGUAGUAUCCCUAUAACUUUUCGCUUUUGUUCGCAGUCCUUGAGAGAUGCACGCGAUUUGUUGGAAAAAGUCGGUAUUCCAGAUGCCUACCAGUUUAUUGAAGAUAAUCCUCAUCCCCGGCUAUGGUAAGAUAUAGUGUUCGUUGGAGAGAGUGUAGAUACGUUAUUACGUAACCGCCUUGCAUAGUAACGUCCUUUAUAUCACAACGAACAUAAGUAGUUAAAUAUGAUAAUUAAGCAGGGAAAGGAGGGGAGGAAGGGAAGAGCCACAGAAAUUCCAAGGGGGGGGGGGAAGAAGAGCCACAGAAAUGCCUCCUUGGGGGAGGGAGAUAAGAGCCACAAAAAUACCUCCUUGGAAUAUAGUAGUGUACCAGGGACCCGUUUCUCGAAGGUCCCGGUAACUUAUCGGGCUCGCAAAGCUGUUCUGUUGUCAUUCAGGAGAAGGGUUGAAAGAGGUUUGGAAAUGAUACAACUAUAGUUUCGGGCCCGUUAAAUUACCAGGACUUUCGAGAGACGGGCCUUAGGAUACGUCAUAUCGUAAAAAUUACGAAUCGUUACUCUUUGAUACCAAAGACCGGGGGAGGGGGAAUGGGGAGCAGUUGAAACCCAGAUGGAUGUCUUUAUCAUCAUCGUGUCCGUAAUUAUUUAUCAGGGGCAAGAUAAUUGGCUUUAUCAAAUAAGUUGACGAAGUGCUAACGUUCAAAAUGUCAGCUUUAGAACUGAAGUCUCUACGGUGGCCAAUUUACAUUACCAACUCAGUUGAUAAAACCAAAUUAUGAUUUUUUAUCUUUUUAUUAUUACAGGCGUCUCCUAGCUGAAUCGUCGCUCGAAAGGCUGGAUCUUGAAGUCGCUGAGAAAGCCUUUGUUCGGUGUCAGGAUUAUCAGGGAAUCAAGUUCGUCAAGAGACUUACCAAGUUAGACGUGAGUUUGGCGUGAUUCACUUUUGGUUCAUGUAAUAAGCUGAAUUGUACACGCAUUUUGAUUGGUCGUUUUUUAUGAUCUAUUGGAGAGGAGACACAUGGAUGACGUAACCAUUUUUGUAGAACAAUUAGAUUGCAUGUUGCUGUGCGUCUGUACAGUAAAAGAUUACAGAGGACGUCAAAAUGUGGUAUUAGCGGUAGUUACGCAUAUUGUAUUUUUUUUUUUGCUCGUACGCAUUCUGUCUGUGAUGUUUAACUCUUCGUUCAAAUUCACUGCAACAUAGAAUCUGCUCUAUUAAAGCUGUGUGCAUUUCGAGUUGAGUGUGGUAAAUCCUGAACCACCUUCGAAUCGCAGUUUAAAAUUUCUUUCUGUCUAUUCUUAUCACUCGUUUGCUAGAUAAUGCAUCGUCAAUCACUUUCGGGAGUUGAAUUGUCAAAUGGAUAUCUAAACGAGAGGGGAUUGGGGAGAGGAGCUCCAAUUACAAGCCUUAGAGAUUUGACUCAAACCUGGGAUGUCCAACCAGACCAGAGCUUAACCCUUUAGCUUCUAAGUGUGAUUAGCAUUCACUUUCUCCUUACAAUAUCAACCUUAAAUCAAACAUUUAGGUCACGAGAAUAAAGGAAAUGAUUACCAACUAAAGAAGCUUUUGAUUGUAAAACAAAUUCUCCUCGUCAGUUCCUCAAGAAAUGUGUGGAGAAAAGUGUGGAGAAUAUGCAUAUUGAUCUUAAGGUGUAGAGAGUUAAAGAAGAAGUAGUUGUGAGGUGCUUUUGUAUUUUUAACAGAAUGAAACCAAGAAGAAAGCUGAGGUCGCUGCAUAUUUCAAGCGAUUUGAGGAGGCAGAAAGACUAUACUUAGAAAUGGACAGGAGGUAACGUUUACAGUAAUUGUUAUACCAGAUAAUUUUGUUACUAAAACAGAGCUUACAGAACCUGCUACAGAACUUAUUUUUACGUUUUGCAGUGUAGAUUGAUUCCAAAUAUAUUGAGUCCUCCCAAGGCACAUCUUGAUCGUUUUGUCAUCGUUAUUGUUUCUUACUCAGAGAUCUUGCUGUUGACUUGAGACUGAAGCUAGGGGACUGGUUUAGAGUUGUUCAACUUCUUAAGACCGGAGGGGGAGGUGGUAAGUAAUAUUAGACAUGUAGGCUACAUUACAAUACAAACAACCAUUUUUGCUCAUUGUGACCAAUUCUAACCAGUUUGCACGAGGAAAUUAUUUUUAAAAAAAAAACUUUCGCCACUGAAAGGUGGAAAGAAAAAAUUGCUUAGUUAGUCCUUCCUUUUAUACAAUGCAUCCGAGUUAUCUUACCUCGAUAAUGACAAGAUUUGGUUGUAUUCCUUGUUUUUAUGACAAAUAUUUCCACGUUUUUUUUUACUCUUUACUUUUUUCCUUUUUUUAGUGAUCAUCAUCUUUUAACCAUGUGGUAGUCGUCCUUAGAACUGACCGGGUUUCAAAGCAAACGCCCCUAUUAUGUCGAAGUCCGAGUAAACUGUGUCAAGUUGAUCAUUUGAGCAUGAUCAACAUAACAAGCAUUUUAAACCACUACUCGUUUCAUUUGUCCCUCGACGCAGCCAAAAUGUUUCCCAACACGUUUUUAGGAGUUUUGUUCACAUGAAACAGCGCGUAGUUCAUGCAGUCUGAGUCUUAGGUAAUAACUUAAUCUUCACUUGAUACAAAAUCCGACCCUGAUAAUCUUCGAAAAUUGUGCCUCGUUCAGGUGAUGACCAACUCCUUGAGCAGGCCUGGAACGCAAUUGGUGAUUACUACGCUGACCGGCAAAAGUGGCAGAACGCGGUCACCUAUUACGUGCAAGGAAGAAACCAGGCUCGGCUGGCGGAGUGUUACUAUAUGCUGGAAGAUUAUAAUGGAUUGGAAAAAAUGGUGAACACACUGCCAGAAAAUCACGUCUUGUUGACGGUCAGUAGAUUCUAAGGGUUGGGUGAGAUUUAAAUGUUUGGCAAUGCAUGGUGUAAUGCGAAGUGUCAUUUUUACUAAAAUUUUGUUUUUGCGGGAAAAUUUUUCCUUGUUUUUGCAGGAGAUUGCUGGUAUGUUUUCUGCAGUUGGAAUGUGCGAGCAAGCAGUACUCGCUUUUACUAAGGUACGCAAAUCACGCACUCUCUCGCCCAUUUUACGUUGGUGUACAAACUACCAAAAGCAGCUUCUAGAGGUCCAAUCGCCUCUACUGACCUGCAUCCCGUGUAGGGCAGAAAGGAAAAUCGUUUAAACAGCCUUAAAGGAGCUGCGUCGUGGAAUAACCAUCAUUUGCAAUCAGUGUCAAUCUUUCCCUAUACCCCAUCAUAUUGACUCCUAAGAUCUGAUUGUUGAUUCUUCUUUCUAGAUGCUACACAUUCAAUGAGUUGCGAGAAUUUGGUGUUAGAAUGAAAUAACAAAUUCUACCUGAUAAGUUUAUUAUCCAUCAGCACUUAAUAGAGUACAAAAAACGCGCGAGUCGAGUACAAAUGUUCUGCGAUAUAUGACAGUUGGUUAUUUUGUAUUGUAAAAAACCUUUCCAGCCAAUGGGCUGCGCGCGCUACGCUUAAAUCUGCUUCGCUUUUCCCACAUUUUAAGAAAAGCGAAUUAAGUGAAGCUGUUGAAUAAUAAAUAACGUAUUAAACGUUGUUGUAUGUAGUGUUGCUGAUUAUUUUUACUCUCUGUUUGUAUUUUGACACGGCAUUCUUAUUAUCUAUUUGCUGGAUAGUGAACUUUCUGGUCCAUGCAUUUUAGGGAUCUUCCUCCGUUUCACUCGCUAAACAAUUUUUCUAUUCAUUUAGAGUUAUUCAUUGUUUAUGCAUUAUGUUUAGACGGGCAAGGUAAAGGAAGCCAUUGACUGCUGUGUUCAGCUCAACGAGUGGGAUCAAGCCAUUAGUCUGGCACAGAAGCACAAUGUUAAAGAGAUUGAUAAUUUACUCGCCAAGUACGCUUCAUACCUGCUGGAAAAGAAAAAGACUCUUGAUGCCAUUGAACUGUAUCCUUGUAACAAUGCAACAGUGUUGUUAGAUUGUGACAGUAAAUUUUAUCUCUCAUUUAUCCGGCUCGACUCCGAGCCAGCGCCAAAAUCACAUAUUGAUUACAGCACCAUUUGACUGAUAUGUAUGUAUAAUGGCGUCUUUGUUUUAUUGUAUUAAAACGUUUAUGCAGCUUAGGCGUGGCUCGUGCAAAACCCUUUUUGAACCGAUUCUUGACCAUGUGUAGAUACCGCAAAGCAAACCACUUUAUUGAUGCUGCUAAACUCCUUUUCAAGGUGAGGAUUCGUUUACUUUUCACAGAGGUUAUACUGAGACAGAGAAACAACAGAGACAAAUCUGUAAUAGGAAUACGCAAUUUUCGCUUCGUAUUCUAACCGUUCAAUGGAGACCAACGACUAAUUUUCAACGAACAUAAUCUCUCUGGUGCUGUCACAAGAUCUUUAAUGGAACAAAAAAAGUUAAAAAUGCAACAAGUCCUCUUCCAACGGGAUUUUGCGUAAACAGCAACGCACGAGUUCCAUUUUUCGUCAGAUUUUUCUAUCGGUGUUGUUAGUUACAAAUUACUGACAAACUCGUCUCUGAGCAUCAACAACUUUUUCUCCGUGUAUAGCCCAUGAAGAGACAAUGUCUGUUUUUUAGAAGUUUAUCUUGCGUCUGAGCCGGAACUUUCUCUUUUGUUUAAUUUAGGUUACUGCCGACGUGUCAGAUGCCAAGACAAACCCACUUCGUGCCAAGAAAAUGUACGUUUUGGCUGCUCUGCUGGUAUGUGUAAAAAUCUCAUUGUUAUUAUUGGUCAGCGGACUGGGCUCGGGUUUGAGAGGUCUGGGUUCGAGCUUUGUGUAGACUAGCAUCCUGAGCAAUUAAGGGUCGGAAGUUAUCCAGGCUUGUCUCUGUUUUGCUUUGAUAGGCUAUGUUAUUGUUCCAGAAAACUCAAAAUCAAUCUUUCCCGCCCUUCUGGCAUUUUUCUUGUUUUUACUUCGAGCUCUCAUUGGCCUACAGGGAUAUUUCCAUUGUUCUGUGUGGUUGGUGUGUUUAAUUGGUUUUGGUUUUGGCGUUAUUCAAUCAAACUGCGCUUUAUUCAACUGAUGUCGGUAUGAGCUCGUAUCAGAUGGAGUACAAGGCUGUCUUUAUCUUUUUACCUUCCACAACUAAGGUAACAACGCAAAGUGUACUUUAUGCCAUUAUCGCUAUUUUGCGUUGAUUUAAGGUGGAAAAUUACCAUGAACACAUUAAGAUGACAAAGAUGAGAACAGCUUCUGGAAAAGAAAAGAGAGGUGCAAUAGAGGUUGGUAUAUCUGAUGUAGCAUUAAAUCUAUUUAGAUAGAGGUAAUUUUCGUCCGGUUACUGCAACGUUUGUAAGAAAUACUAUUCGGGAAUAUUUCUCAUUGUUAGAUAAAGGUUUCUCCGCAGACGUUUCUUCGCUUGAGCUACUUUUUUUCUUUUCACACAAACCCCAUUUUUAAUAGUGCAAUUAUUGAACAGCCAGGUGAGGAAAGGUAGACAGUGGAACCGGGGAGGUAGAAUAACAGUAAUUUUGCGUAGCAUGUUUCCUGAUACCUUCCCUUCGCUAUGUUUCCAACUUGGGGCUUUACUAUCAGUAAUUUUUUGUUUGUUUAUUUUUUUGUUCAGGCGACGUCAGCGCUGGCUGGUUUGCUUGAAGAGGACUCCAUUGCCACAGAUGAGAGUAAACUCAUUGACAACGCAUGGAGAGGAGCCGAGGUUUUUUUUUUUUUUCCUCUCACAACUUUAUUUAGACCCUGGGUGAUCACGUCGGCGACCACCAUGAAUGCGUCAAAUAGAGCAGUUUUCAAUUGAGGAUAGAAAGGAUAGAAUUGCGCUCGCUCUACUUUGUUCUGUGAUUGUUUUAAGGAACACGUACCAUCCUCUAUCCUAAUCAGAUGCUCUACUGAAAGCAAUCGCUAGUUUGUCGCUGGUUCGUCUUUCCGUGGCUCAGGAAGUUUUCUUGUUGUUAUUUCGAGACCUUAUUGGAUCUCUUAAUGUCGUUGUGAUUAGACUCAGUCGACAACAGUCAACCCUCGAUUGACACUCGUUUGGAUAAUAUUUCUGAUUUUGCGUGUAGCUCUCGCUGCUUUGUCUCUUUCAUAGAUGGCCAUGUAAAGGCAGUAUUAGGUUCCAAGUAAAACGGCAGUAUGAAAAAAAUCAAGCGACCAAGUUUCCCGAGAUCGGUAAUACGCCAACUGCAACGACCUCGUGAAGUGGUUUUGCAGCAGGGUACUAAGCUCAACUUUUUUAAAGACUCUUCUGAGGUGCUAGUUAAUAUGCUUAUGACUCGCAUUACUGAAGCAUUUUUAUUGCUUUCUCUCCUUUUGUAGGCAUACCACUUUUUCCUCUUGGCACAAAGACAAAUGUACGAGGGAGCAAUUGACGCUGCAAUGAAAACGGUAAGAAUUUCACGGCACAAUUUCUGUCGAACUGGAAAUUGCUAUUCUUUAAACUAAUCUGGUUCUCCGCCUCUCUCCAGGCCCUGCACUUGUGUGAUUAUGAAGAUGUCCUGGAUCCAGUAUGCAUUCACUCCCUUCUAGCACUUGUCAGUUGUGCCAACAGGGCAUUCGGGACUUGCUCUAAGGUAAAAAUUUUUCUUUUAUCAGUAUGUACCACCGAGUAUUAUACCGCUGCGGCGUCGUUACGCUUCUGGGACUAAAAUUAAACUCCGCGCGCUCAGAUUGAUCAAGAACUAUUGCUAAUCACACCGAUAAAGCUUUAGCCAUUUCACCAUAAACUGCACUUUCUAGAGGUUUACCGAGCUAAAGGCGAACGAUUCUCUAGCUUUUCGACUUUUCUCCUAAAAAUCAUGCGCGUGUUGUUACGUCGUUAGCUACGAUAUGUAUGUUUGGUCAGUUAAUCUAUCACUAACCCGCGGACAAUAAUGACAUGGAUUGAAGGUUUAAGCCGAGCAUCCUUGCUGCCAAUACCCCUGUAAUUUUGUUUACAGGGACAAAAUAAUCUUGAAACUUGAAAUGACCAAAAGCAAUUGUUCAAGGCCUCGCGUGAAAAAGUAAAACUUCGUGCAACGUGCUACUGUAGGAGAAAACUCUAGAACGUUAACUGGAUUUAAGAAGUGGACACACAUGAGUAGGUGGUGGCCUAGUAUCCUAGAUGCAUUAUUAACCCUUUACACCCUAACAUCAGCAUGCAUAUUCUCCAUACUGUUCUCUGUACAUUUCCUAAGGUGCUGACAAGGAGAAUUAGCUUAACUAUCCAGAAUUUCUGUAGUUUUUGAUCAUUUCCUUUAUUCUCAUGACCUUAGUGUGUGAUUCAGGGUUGAUAUUGUGAGGAGAAAUAAGGUGCUAAUCACUCUUAGGGGUUAAAGGGUUAGGCAUCAUUGUACCUGCUAUUCAUCUUACAGUUUUAUUCCUAUGAGUAGUAAGUAUCAUUAUUGUAUAGAAUUAUCAUGUUGUAAAUUAGAUCAGAAAAGCCUAUUUUAAGAGUAUCUAGUGAAGUGUUGCUUUGCACAAAAGGCAGUCUAGAGGUUGUUGUCGUAUGGUUACCGAAUUCUCUGAACUUUUUUACUGUAAGAGCAGCUAGAGGAGAGAGUUACGAAUCGAGGUGUGGAAUUAUUAGGUUAAAUUUGUUUCUGUAUCUUUGCAGGCCUUCAUAAAGUUGGAGUCAAUUGAUAGUCUGACUCAGGAACAAAAAAAAUCGUAUGAAGAGCUGGCCCUGGAAAUAUUUACAAAGUAUGUGAACGUUGAUUCUUUAGCGCGCGAGCCAAGUGGCACAUCCCACAAUAGCUUUUUCCGGUUUCCUCAGCAUGAAGCGACUGGGGUUAUUAUUACCCCCGCCCUCUCCCUCCCCCAACCUCUCUCACUGGAUAAGAUGCCUGUCAAUUGCAACUUUACCCUCCAACAUUUCAUCAGGCCCCCCUGACAGUUCGCCACUGGAGAGAGCUACUGUGAGAGUAACGUGUUUUGCCCAAGAAUACAAUAGAAUGACCCGGCGUCCAGUGCAAUAAAGAUAGGGUCACUGCUUCUCCCACUGCGAGUUCUGUGGAGAACUGAUACUUAGAUCUUGGAAAGUGAAAUUGUUGAAAUUCCACUGUUUCAAUACUGAAUGGCUUGGAAAUUUUGCAAGAGUUUUGUUUGGGACAAUUGUGUUUUUUUUGUGCUUCCCUGUUGGGAAUUGGUCAAGUCUCGCAUUUUUCUUCUACACUUUUAAUGAAAAAGUUAUGUGAACCCUUUUUUCCGUGCUAUAUUUUUAGACACUCACCAAAGGACUCACGUGGUAACAAAGCAGAGUGCACUAGCUGCGAAACCAUGAUACCCGAUUGGUAAGUUUACCUUAAUUUAGGGUGUUGUAGAGGAAAGGGGGGGGGGGGGGCGGCGGCGGGAAGAGUGGAGGGAUGGGGAUGUGGUGUGGUUGAUGUCAAGCCUUAUGGGCCCUGUGACUCAUUAUUUCUAGGACUUAUCCAGCUGUUUAUAUCGUGAAGAGACUGGGAAAGAGUCUGGCCAAAACCAGAUCUUUCAGUCCCAGGUCCAGCGCGUAUACUACCGUGUACUCCUUCAUUCAGGGAGAUUGUGUUCUUCUGCAGAGAUGUUCUCCUUCCAACUGCAUUUGCAAUUUUCGCAUCGUGGCAUUCAUGUAAUAGUCGUUACUACGAUGUACUCGUGCAUGCUUCAUGAAUUUGAAUGACGUUUUAGGGAAAAGAAUACCUUGGGUACCUCUUUGAGAGAACUUACAACGACCGAUAUUUGUUUGUAGGUUUGUAGAAAGAUACCUGCUUAGUAACUUCAUAAAUGGAAUUAUUUGUGACAUUUCUGUACACCUUCCUCCCCACCCCUAGGAGCCAAAUUUGUCCUAACUGUGACACGAAGUUUCCAACGUGCAUUGUGAGUGGACGCCCGCUUAUGGACUAUCAGUUCUGGUUGUGUGGCACCUGCAAACAUCGAGCCUACGAGCAAGAGAUCAGUGCCCUCAACUACUGCCCACUUUGCCAUGCGCAGAUCUAGUUUAUGUUGCAUCGUUACUAUAACUUAAAGACAGAGCUGAAAAACUUCUUUCGUGUUACCGAAGAUUUAGGAGGAAUUGCCAUACAAUGGCAUUUUGAUUCAUAUUAGCGAUUGAACAAGUUUGCAGAAAACAGCGUAAGAAAGUUGUGGCAAUUCCUCAUGGUGAAAUACGGUAAAAGAGCUCUUUUCGAUUGAGUGUCGUAAAAACCAAAACCAAGGCAAUCAUAUCAGCCAAUCAUAGAAAGGGAAGUUCCACGAGGAGCCAAUGAGAGCUUAAGGUAAAAACAAGCGAACUGCCUGUAACACGGGAAAACGCGGGCGACCAAGUCGUGAUUGAUGUUAGUUUAAGUCUGAUUGGUUGAGAAGAUGGUGCGAGUUUUCUGGACCGCCCAGCAAACUGUCUGGACCAAUCACAUAACGAAAUAGUCCCGGAUUACUUUCGACGCUCAAUAGAAAAUUGCUCUGAUGCAGUAUUAGUGUUGAUCCUAACCCAGCCUGCUGCUUUGCCCCACAUUUUAAUUAUAUCCUCUCAAUGUACAUACAGUGUAAACAUUCAAAGACAUCGCCGGAGAAUAAGCAAAAAUCACUCGUUUUGGUACACAGGUGUUGAUCCUAGUUAAACCUUUUUAAACAUAUCGUUUUUUUGGAAACACAUGCGGUAAAUUGUAUAGUCAAGGUAACUCUCGCUAAUUUGCGCGUAAAGGUAAAAAACGAACUUGCACUCUAGGUCGUAGCAGAGACAAAUACAUCACCCUUGCUUGGUCAGUUUUUAAUCUCGUUACUUCCCUACAGCAAGUAAUUCAAUCCUAGAAACUCAUUUUAACAAUUAGAUUUUCCACUUGCACGCCACGGCAGCCAUUUGCUUUCAUAGAGUAACUACUUGAUACAAUUAUUUAAAGAAAGGUGGAUUAAACUUCAGUUACCUCUUCAAAUAGUUAUGAGAAGUGAAUUUCCAUUUUGUAUUUUUCUCAUCUCAUUAAUAGUGUAUAAACCUGAUGUACUAUCGGUGCUCAAAGCUUGAAAGCCUUUUUUUCUUUCGUUCGACGCGUUUCUGGGCACUCUCAUCGAACGCUGUAUUUCGAAAUCUGGCGAACAGAAUUCAUUUCAACCAAGCAAUGUGGGAAACAUGAAUAAAGGGGCAAGUUUCUUAAAAAACUGUGGUGUUGCGUCGGUGGGAGAGUAUAACAGGGUAAUUUUGUGUUAUCAACUAAGCCGAUAACGUAAAUUGACCACCGUAAAGAGUUUCGAAGAUGAAGUUUCGAGCGUUGGCCCUUCGUCAGAGCAAAUGUGAAACGAAUGCGAAUUGGAAACAUGUCGCGUUAAAUAGAGAGAACUGCUUCAAUUAUAUUUACUGUGUAAUGCUCGUAGACAAUGCUUACCCUUUUAACUCCCAGGAGUGAUUAACGUGUAACUUCUCCCUAUAAUAUCCAAUAUCAUCCAGCAAAUAGUCGAUGAAAAUACUCCAACUUAUCAGGUUUAAGUUGCUAUCUUGAUCCAGCCCCAAAUUCUCGUAAUUAAUUUACAAGGAAAUGUGUAGCAGCU